GAAAUUUAAAGGCCCGCAUCUCUCUCCGUCGUCUUUCUUCUUAUUUUUUCUCUUUCCAAGUCGAAUACUCACUGACACUCCUGGCUUUUAGUUCUCUGGUUAUGUGAAUUACCUUGAAAAUCAGAGUAAUCACCUUCCUUCAAAUCCAAAUGAUGUCUCUGUUUUACUCUGCUAUCUUCAUUUUGAUCUACAUUGCUCUGUUUUCAAGUUUCUGUUUCGCCGGAGAUCCCACGAUCUCUUACGAUUUCAAAGUUUCUUACAUCACCGCUUCCCCUCUCGGUGUUCUUCAACAGGUUAUAGCGGUUAAUGGAAAAUUCCCAGGUCCUCUGAUUAAUGCUACUACCAAUAAUAAUGUUGUUGUCAAUGUGUGGAAUGAAUUAGAUGAAAAUCUCCUAUUGACAUGGCCUGGGAUUCAACUAAGACGAAACUCAUGGCAGGAUGGUGUUCUUGGUACCAAUUGUCCCCUUGACCCAAAAUCAAAUUUUACUUACCAGUUCCAAGUCAAAGAUCAGAUUGGGAGCUUUUUCUAUUUCCCCUCACUUAAUUUUCAGAGAGCAUCUGGUGGAUUUGGUGCUUUUAUCAUCAAUAAUCGGAAAAUAAUUCCUAUUCCUUUUGCACAGCCAGAUGGCGAUAUUGUCAUCAUUAUUGGGGACUGGUAUACCAAAAACCAUACGGCACUAAGGACAGUUCUUGACUCUGGAAAAGACCUUGGGAUGCCAGAUGGAGUUCUCAUCAAUGGGAAGGGACCAUACAGGUACAACAACACUCUUGUGCCUGAAGGCAUUGAGCAUGAAACUAUUCAAGUUGACCCAGGAAAGACAUACCGCCUUCGAGUUCACAAUGUUGGAAUCUCAACUAGUUUAAACUUCAGAAUUCAGAAUCAUAACAUGCUUCUGGUGGAAACUGAGGGUUAUUAUACAGUGCAACAGAACUACACUAGCUUUGAUAUUCAUGUGGGCCAAUCUACUUCCUUCUUGGUUACCAUGGAUCAGAAUGCAAGUAGUGAUUAUUACAUUAUAGCAAGUGCCAGGUUUGUGAACGAGUCAGUAUGGCAAAGAGUUACAGGUGUUGCCAUCUUGCACUAUUCUAAUUCAAAAGGUCCUGCUUCUGGUCCUCUGCCCCAGCCUGGAACUGAUGUUUAUAACCCUUGGUCAGCUAUGAGUCAGCCACGGGCAAUCAGGCUAAAUACAUCUGCAAGUGGUGCUCGCCCAAACCCACAAGGAUCAUAUCCCUAUGGUCGUAUCAACAUCACUGACACAUACAUACUGAUGAGUUUGCCCCCAGCAAUAAUCAAUGGUACAGUUCGUGCUACGUUAAAUGGCAUCUCAUUUGCCAAACCAGAAACCCCAUUUAGGCUUGCUGACGUGCAGAAAGUGAAGGGAGCUUAUAAGCUGGACUUCCCCAGUAAGCCACUGAAUAGGCCUCCUCGGAUUGAUAGAUCUGUAAUUAAUGCUACAUAUAAAGGGUUCAUUGAAGUCAUUUUGCAAAACAAUGACACAAGGAUGCAGAGCUUUCACAUUGAUGGUUACUCGUUUUUUGUGGUCGGUAUGGAUUUUGGUAUCUGGACAGAAGAUAAAAGGGGCUCAUACAAUAAAUGGGAUGCUAUUUCAAGAAGCACAAUAGAGGUUUAUCCUGGUGCAUGGACAGCAGUUCUUGUCUCCCUCGAUAAUACAGGUGUCUGGAAUCUUAGAGUAGAAAACUUAGAUAGAUGGUAUCUAGGUCAAGAAACAUAUAUGCGGAUCAUCAACCCUGAGGAGAAUGGUGAGACAGAGAUGGGUCCUCCGGCAAAUGUUAUAUACUGUGGUGCUCUUGCAAGCUUGGAAAAGGCUAGUCACUCUUCUGCAAUGUCAAUUCUUGGUGGAAACUCAAAGUUUCUUCUUAGCAUGUUAAUGGCAUUGCUCUCUUUUGUUUUUAUUUUUAGAUAAGCCUUUUUACUGAUUGGUGAGUCUGUAAUCUGCAACUUUUCCUUAUUCUUCUGGUGGGCUGUGUGUAAUUGUCGCCUUUUCUUUUUCUUUCUUUUUUUUAAAGUUCUGUAGUUAGAUUCAACUUUAGCUAUCCCUUUUUUGUAUUUCUAGUCAUUAGUAAUACCAUCAUGAUCUAAAUACUGAUUAUUAUCACUGAAGCAGUAAUACUAUUGAAAUUUCAUGGAA